AUGGGCAUCAAGAUGGCAGACGAUUCUUCACCACAACAGCACUCGCCUUCGCGGGAUGAGGACAUUGACCUACCCGACGCUCCAUUCCCAGUUGGCGUUCGGCAUGAUGGAACAGGAGAUGAUUCCAUAGUAAAGCCCGCCGACCAGAACCCAGUGGCAUUGGAAGAUCUGUUUGACGACGAUGACGAUGCCGACGACCUUGAGAGCGCCUUACAUUCUUCCAGCGAAGCUAAUGUACCCUCAUCACCACCAACGCAAUCGGCACCGGAGUCCUCAGUCGGCCCCGCUGCGACGAUACAGCAAGAGUCAUAUUCAGAUCCCACCAUAAUGAAACAAUUCUACGCUCGACUUUUCCCCUUUCGAUCCCUUUUCCAGUGGCUCAACCACUCCCCAAAACCAGGACCUGAUUUUACGAAUCGAGAGUUCGCAUUGACCCUUUCGAACGACGCGUACCUUCGCUAUCAGUCCUACCCUACGGCAGACCUAUUGCGCAAGGACAUCUUGCGACACAUCCCUUCUCGGUUUGAGAUUGGCCCAGUCUACACCACCAAUCCAAGUGAGCGGAAGACGCUCAAGAAAAGCUCCAUGUUCAAACCGCUGAGCAAAGAGAUCGUUUUUGAUAUUGAUUUGACGGAUUAUGAUGACAUCCGUACAUGUUGUGAAAAGGCGAAUAUUUGUGCAAAAUGUUGGUCCUUCGCUACAAUGGCGAUCAAAGUCGUUGAUGUUGCCCUGAGAGAAGACUUCGGCUUUGAACACAUCAUCUGGAUCUAUUCCGGACGUCGAGGUGUCCAUGCCUGGAUCAGUGACAAAGAAGCAAGAGAGCUGGACGACGACAAGCGCAAAGCCAUCACCGGCUACUUUGAAGUGCUGAAAGGAGGCGUACAAGGUGGCAAGAGAGUGAAUCUCAAGCGACCACUCCAUCCCCACAUUGCCCGAAGCCUUGAGAUCUUGAAACCAUACUUUCAACAGGUCUUGAUCGAGCAGGAGCCUUUCCGAUCUCAAGAAGGGCAGGACCGCCUCCUCCAAUUGCUGCCCGACAAGGCGCUGAACGAGGCUCUGGUCAAAAAGUGGUCGAGCAGCCCAGACCGACCAAGCAUCAGAAAGUGGGAAGAUAUUGAUUCUCUAGCCAAGACUGGCGUGAGCAAAACCCUUGACACCAAGGCGUUGAUCGAAGCCAAGCAGGACAUUCUCCUCGAGUACACCUAUCCGAGAUUGGACGUAGAAGUCGGCAAGAAGAGGAUUCACCUGUUGAAAAGCCCCUUUGUCGUGCACCCAGGUACGGGACGAGUGUGCGUACCCAUCACAGCCGGUGGUGACAUGGAACGCGCUGAAGCAUUUGACCCACUUUCCGUUCCCAAGGUCACCGAGCUUCUCAGUGAAGUCGACCAGUUCGGCAACAACGAGGCAGCCGAUGCACAAACGAAUGGAUAUGUCGAGGAUGGUAUCACAAUGAGGAAGCUGAAUGAUUGGGAAAAGACCAGUCUCAAAUCCUACGUGGAACUGUUUGAUGGAUUUGUCAAGUCACUGCUCAAGAGCGAAAUGGUCCGAGUGAAAAGGGAACGAGACGAGGACGGAGUUACUGGAGCGGAUGGCAUGGAGUUUUGA